GCCGCAGCGGACGGCAGAGGUCUGCAGGCAGCAGCAUGGAGCGGUACGCCGGACGUGUUGCCAUGGUGACGGGCGCCAGCUCCGGCAUAGGCGCCGCCGUGGCGCGCGCUCUGCUGCAGCGCGGGGUCACCGUCGUGGGGGUCGACCUGCGACCCGACAGGAUGAAGGAAUGGCAACUGAAAGAUUCCACCGGCCAGCUGUAUCCAAUGUAUGGAGAUGUCACUGACGAGGAAAGCCUACUUUCUGUAUUCAAAUGGAUUUCUGAUAACCUGGGAGGCGUCGACAUUCUCAUCAACAGCGCGGGAUUAUUCCGCAAUCCUCAAUUGACUUCUGCUCCAACGUCGGAAAUAAAAAAGACGCUGGACGUGAACGUGCUGGGUCUGAGCAUCUGCACCAGGGAGGCCGUGCAGGACAUGCUGAGGAGAGGUGUCGAUGACGGCUUCAUUGUGCACAUAGGCAGCCUCGCCUCCCAUGUGCCAGUAAAUGACUCUGGGAACUCGACAUACUUCGCUAGCAAGGUGGCUGUGAAGGCACUGCUCGAAGGAUUAAGAAAGGAUUUGGUUGCAAGGAAAAGCAGCAUACGAGUUGGACAAGUCUCUCCGGGACCUGUGAGGACGGAGCUCUUUAACCCGCUGAUUGGUCUACCAGACGACUUUUGGGAGAGCCAGUUUCUUGAACCAGAGGACAUCGCAGAGGCCAUCAUUUUCAUGCUCUCACAGCACCCACGCACACAGGUGUACGACAUCGUCAUCCGACCGACUGGAAGUGACUUCAGACCUUAGCGGCUGUUGAUGCUACGUGGAACUCUCACUUUCAAUAGCGCGACCAGUUACGCUGUCGGCAAGAGGUGUUUCUGUGAAGUUUGUAUUCUUGGCUAUUUUAAAUACAAUUGUUUC